AUGGAUUCCACUCUAGUUCUCAACCCUGCAUCACAGUCAUCACAAGAGCCCAAAAAAGAGAAUGGAGAGCUAGAUUUUCACACAAAUUUUCUGCAAAUGAAAGGGGACAUGCCCAAAGAGUUCAUUUGGCCUUCUGGGGAUUUGGUUGAGGCCAGCCAAGAGGAGUUGAAGGAACCCCUUGUAGAUUUAGGGAUCAUGAAGAAUGGUGAUGAGGAAACAAUUGCCAAUUCUGCAGAGAUUGUGAGGAAUGCCUGCAUGAAGCAUGGCUUUUUCCAAGUGAUCAACCAUGGUGUGGACCCAGAUCUCAUAGAUGCUGCCCACCAGGAAAUUGACACCAUUUUCAAUCUCCCUAUGAGCAGAAAACUCACUGCUCAGAGGAAACCUGGUGGAGUCUCUGGCUACUCUGGUGCUCAUGCAGAUCGUUUCUCCUCCAAAUUGCCAUGGAAAGAGACAUUUUCUUUCCUCUUCCAUCACCAAGGCUCCUCCAAUUCCGAGAUUGUUGACUACUUUGAAUCUGUCUUAGGCCAGGACUUUCAACGCACAGGAGUUGUUACAACUGCUGAGGAUGUGAUGGACAGAUACGUCUCUCAAAACGGACAAUAUCUGCACAUUAAUUAUCGUCAUCAUAUGCCUAUAAUACAUAGAUGGGACCCAACUGUAGCCUUUGUUAAUAUUAGCAGGGAGGGUGAUAUUGGUUGA